UGGUUGAUGUUUACAAGACUACAGACCAUAGAAGAACUGUAGCUGAAGUAUAACUGCACACACAUUAUAUGACAUAACUGGUUUAUUAUGUGCUUUAUUGGACUCAGAGAAUAAAAACUUUUUUGCAGCAACCUUGCAGCGUCAGUGGUAAUAAACGAGCAGGACUUUGUUCACUAGUUUUUGCACGGUGUGAGCACCUCGUGAUGCACCACAAAUCUCCUCUGUGCGUUGCUCUGAAUGGACGUAAAUUCUCAUCCCUAACAAAGGUGUAGUGGUGUGUGUGUGCGUGUGUAUGUGUGUUUGUGAUCGAGAUGGAGACAAACCUUCGGAAAACCCAAUCUCUGAGAUGUGUUGCCACUGAGCACACUCUGUCCUGGACGGAGGCGGGACUAAGAGACAGGAGGAAGUCCGUCUCGCAGCUUGUGGCAGAAUAUCAGAAUGCAGUUACAGGAAAAGCAAAAGCAGGGGAUUCAGUGGAAAACAAGCAAAAGCAGACCCUCCAGUUUGCUGCCAUCCCCAUCACAGAGACCGAGUCUAAACUGGAGGCUCUGAUCCAGAGGAGCACUAAAGAAAGACCAUAUGCUUGGGCUGAUCGUAGCACCAACUCUCAUCUCACACGCAGUAAGUCGAUGGAGGUUCUUCCUCGCCAAAGAACCGUAAGCACGAGCGCUCUCAGAGAACUCUUUGAGACAAAGGUUGCCAUGAAGCCCAAGAGUGUUCACAAACCAAAGAGUACUGACAAGCCACAAAGCACCCCAGUUACACAGAACGCUGGGAUCAAUCAUAAAAGCACCGAGGAUCUGCUGGUGUUUAUCGAAGCAAACGGCAUUAAGACCCAUGAGAAAUCAGUUGUACCACCAAAAGAGGAAGAGGUGAAUGUGACACCAAAGGUGUUGAGAGCUCCCCAGGUGGAACGAAGAAAAACCUCAACAGGAGUAUAUACUGAAAGAAUCGUUCCUCAAACAGACGAUAAACGGGAAUCAAUCGCAGACUUCCGAGACAGCUCCGCUCUGUAUGGACGGGAGAAGUUCCCUAUUUCUGUUAAAGCCAUCUCCGCAUUAUAUCUGUCGAAAGUGGCAGCUGCUGAUCCGACUGGGAACCUUUUAAAACCAGUUUGUACUUGUUUCUGUUCUUCUGCUCCAUUUGUUAAACCAGAGAAACAAGAUUGUACUUCUCCAACCACUCAAAAAGUUUGCAAGAUGGCUGAUGUUGCACCAAAAGACUUUGAGCAAGCCCCAUACUCAGAAGAUGAUUCAGCACAGCCAGAUCUAACUUUUCCCAUCCUGCAACCCAAUUCCAGGGCUGACAGCCAGUCACCCAUUCCAACACCCCCUUCAAAAGAGGUUAUCUCUACACUGUAUGAACAACGACAAAAAUGUGAGUUGAGGCGACUCCUGAAACACACUUGCCCUGAGCUGAAGGGCCUGGGAAACAUGGUGGAGGAGGAGUUUGCUGACAUACUAAACUCUGGCAUUGCCACAGAUAUCGCAUACCAGGGCGAGGUCCAGUCAAGGCGUUGGUUAUUUGAGAAUGGUACCGUCAACACCGGAGAGUCCCAGAAGCAAACACAUUUGAUGGAGGAUAGCAAUCAAGGAGAACACGCAUUUGAACAUCUCUUGAAUUGCUUUAAGGAAGAAGGGUGCAUAUAUGGCACCAAACAGCAAACCAUUUACCCAGAGAUUGAUGAGACCCCACAAAAUGUUGGUGAAGCACUUACCCAAGAGGAGAACUUCAGGGUGGAUGUUAAGGCCAAACGGAAAAUGUUUGAAGGUCAGUUGACUGAAACUUCAAGAGAGGAAGUAGAUGAUGUCUUUCCAGGGAGGAUUGUUAUCUCAGAAGAUGAAAAGGGAUCAGUACAAAAGCAAAAGAGGGACUUUGAAACAUGCCAAACCGCCACUAUGAAAAGAAACAGUGACCUUAGCAUUAUAGAUAUUACAGACAUAGAUCAAGAUUGUGGUGAAGUGUACCUAGGUAUAUCGAGAGCCAAAGAGGUUUUUGAAAAGGGGUUUGACAAUGAGAACAGCUUACCACCAAAUGAAAACAUAAGCAUAGAGGAUGAAACUCUAAAGACUAAUGUAAAGAACAGAACCCAUAUGUUUGAAUCAACACCUCUGGACAGAAUCAAUUGGCAAAAUGAUGCAGAAUCAGACACCAUGGACGAGAACAUGAACAAAUCCUUAACGUCUCUUCAUGGCUUCAAUGUCAUUCGUUCUCAUGGAGCCCUUCUUGAAGCCAGUGAGGCUGGGCAUGUGAGAAAGGCAAACUACAGCUUUAUCCAGGAAAAAGGUCCAGAAAUUCAACAUGAGGAAGUGGUUAUGGGAAGUAUGAAGGGUACUCUGCUUCAGCUUUUGGCAAGAGUAAAUCUUAACCCAGUUAUAGCCUUCUUAAAAGAGGAUGAUCAAGGAAAUGUGGAAAUCAAGAACGUAGACAUACCAACUCACCAACUACCAUUCACAAUUAACCAAGACAAAGAAUACAGAACCACAAACAUGGUUCAGGUCAUCGAAGACCUACUUGGUCAAGAAACAUGUCUUGGAAAAGGAGUUUUAAUACAAGAACAAGCAACGGGAUCUGUCGAGAUAUUAGUUUAUGUUCUUUUUAAACAUGACAGCCAUGAUGGGACUGUGAUGGACGGAAAUUAUGAAAAUAUGUUGGAGCCGAGAGAAAUAAAUCUUUUGAUAAGUCAAAACUGUGACACUCCACCCCAAAUGUGCAGCCCACCACCUUUUACUCAUGGCGAUGCCUCAAUUUCAGUCAGACAUGAUGGAAACAGGAUAAGCAAUGGGAAACUGUUCCAGAACUGUAUUGAGAAUGGAGAUCUGGGUUACUUAAAAAGUCUGCAGAAAAGUACAUCAGAUGAAGAUUUAAGUGUCAAGUCUAGGCAAGGGGAGCAAAAUGUUUUGAUUGCACCACGUAACCUUAAGAUCAUCAAAGCAAUGCUUGUUGCAAAUCCAGGGUCAUCUUUGCAGUCUGAGAAACAUACCCAAAACAAAUUAAAAACCAAUAUGGAAAUGACAGCAAAUGGAGGAUAUACUCGAUCAACUGAUGGACAGUUUGAAAAAUGUAGUGUUGAAAGUGUCGAUGAACCUGGCAGACGUUUAUACAGUCAAAAUGGAAAAGACACGUGCAGUGAAAAAACAGAUGAAAAUACUGUAACUCUGCCAGAGGUAGUUGACAUGGUGGAAGACGAAGCAUUGUCGAAUCUUCAAGCAGCUAUCGUGAGUCUCCAACAGGCCACAUUGGAGGCAAAAGCUCUUCAACAAAGUGUUUAUGAGAAACAAGACACCUGUUCAGCAUUUUCAGAAAACCAAUACUUCACAGGAGCCAUGAAUGAAGAUACCAAAUUGUCCUCACAGAAUUUUGAAGCUGAACAGAAACAAGAAGGAAGAGAAGAGACCUUGAAAGGUAGUGUCCAAGGAGCUCUGGAUUCUCUGAAAAAAUCUAGCUUUAAUGUCACCAAAGGGGAUUUUAAAGCUGCAAUGAUUUACAGGAACUCAGGCAAAACUCAUGCUGGGAAAAAAACAAUAAAUAUGGAGACUGCUGUCAAAGAGAGUGGUGAUAUGAUUGUCCCCUCAGAAGGGAUCAAAGCAUGCCCAUCCUCCCCUCUGCCUGGACAGGUGACUCUCAAGACACAGCAUGAGGGUGCUGAAACUAGACCAUUUCAAGGCCAGCCCGCAAAUAAACCGUCAGCAUGCUCCCCACUGACAAACCAAACAAAUGAACAGGCCUCUCUUCAGAAAAGUAAAAAGCCUCUUGGGCCCAAACCAGCCAUUCCCCCAAAACCAGACUAUUUAAAGACAACCCUUAGCUCUAACCAAUUUCCUGCAACCAAUGCAGGAGGUCUAAAUAAAACCAAACCUGAAUCAAACUCUGCAGAACAAUGUGCAGAGCUCACAAAUCUGAAACCACCACAAGAAGAUGACUUCUUGAAAGUACCACAGAAUAAUGGAGAUAUUAAAAUACCUAGUGGUGCGACAGCCACUGGAAUCCAGUCGAGCCAUGAUUGCAUAACCGUGAGCAGUCCUGAGGGAAAUGUAGCCACAGAGGAGAAGAGGGAUCCAAUGCUUGAAGUAAGUGAGGGUAGUUCAGGGUUUCAGGCUUCCCUGCAGAACUUUGGCAUAAAGACAGGCCCAGCAGUGCCACCAGUGAAGCCCAAAAGAAUCAAAAUGACCACAGAUGAUGCUGUCGUAAAUCCUGCUCUUUUGGACCCUAACUGCAAACCAGGUGAACAUAAGGAGCGACCAGAGAGCAAUGUGACAAUGAGAGAAAAGAAAGGUAGAAGAGAGAGCGAAGCAGAACGAAGGCAGAGGCUAUCAGUUCACAUGGAUGAAAUCAUGAAGGGAAAUGUAAAUGCAGCUAUGGAAAUCUUCGACAAGCUGAGAAAGCAAGAAGAGCUGAAAACUAUCCUCUCGAAAGUUGAGGAAAUUGAAGGAGAGACUGUUCAGGAAGAUGGUGACCUCAGAAAGAUAUUUGAAAGUGUACCAGAUUGGGUUGCGCCACAAAAACAUAUCAAUCCCAAAAAUGGGGUGAUGGAAAAGGAAGCAGGGAGAUCUGAAACGGUCUGUGAAUCAGAAAUGUUGUCCUCCAUGCAAGUAGCGUUUGGAGACCUUGAAAAAGCAAGUGCUGCAAUCAUUACUUUAAAAGAACAAACCAUGUCAAGACUGAUGGAAAUAGAAGAAACUAUUAAGAAAGCGCUUUACUCCGUCUCUACACUGAAAUCUGACUCGGACAUUGUAGGGCUAUCUGGUCUCUUCAAGGAGUCCAUGAUGGCUGGGCAAUAUUUGCCCAUCUCAUGUAAUAUACGUAAAAUUAGCAUUGGAUCUAGCAAAUCUCCAAAUCCUCAGAGUCCAAAUAAUGUAGGACUCGCCCAGAAGAGUUCUAGCACAGAACCAGGAAUGCAGAAAGUCGAGAAAUCGAAGCAAGAGCUCAGUCCUCCAGAAACGAAGCCAAGAGCAGGAUCUCCUUCCUCACCUUCUUUUAUUUCCAUCCAAUCCACUGCCAGAAAGAACACAGAAACACCAGCAUAUCCAAAAUCUCAAACCUCGAUAACAGCUCUGACUUGCUACAACGUUCCAGCUGAAAAGCGUCAGGUCAGUACACUGGAAGUGCAAACAGUCCCCGAGGCUGAGACAGUCAUUGGCACCAAGACCAUCAGAGAGUAUGAAGAAACAGACUGUUUUGGCAACAAGUUCUACUCUUCCACGACCUCUACUGUCAUGACCACUCAGCCUGAUAACAAAACAUGCUUCAGGAGAGAGAUUAUGACCAAUCCAACCACCACUGAAGUUGUUGCAUAUCCAAGAAUCAACACACCCUCUGUUAAAGGGGGCCAAGCACCACCAUGAGGAAACAAUGAGGAUGGGGUUAAAUAAUUGGAUAUUUAUUAUUCUUAUAAAUGGUUUUCAAAUUUAGUGGAUCUGUUUGGUUUUAUAAUUAGGCUUACAUUCUUAUCAAAACGGCUCCUAUUUUAUAUUUAAUAUGGUCAUUCAUGGUUUUCAAUGUUAGUUCCUCAAUGGGUUCCUGAAGGUGUCUCUGGAUGUUUUAACAUUCUAGUACCCUUUAUGGGUUCUACUUGAGACCUUUCUCCAGGAUUAUACACAGCGUCUUUAGAGGUUCUCCCAGACGGACGAAACAAAAGAGCAUUUAGGGGGCUAGAUGGAACCUUUUUUUGUGGAACCGCAGUGUAUGUCUUUCCGUGUUAAAUCAGUGUUCUUAGAAAUGUUCUGACUUAAAGAUAUAUAAAACACAGUAUUAUCUCAUCUUUAAUAUAAGGAUUUAAACACCACAGUAUUUGUUAUAUUUGCUUUUGUAAUUUUGUACACGUAAUGGCUUUUUACAGUGAUAAAAAGCUAUUUGUUCACUUUUUGCCAUUCAUCUUAGCCCAUUCCAUAUAAUCAUGUUGUGUUAACAGUCAACUGACACAGGACAUUCUUUUUAAGGUGUACAAUAAAUGUGAAAAUGAUCAUAAAUGUGAAAAUACUAAUAAACUGUAACUGGAUAGAGAACCUCGUUACAUUAUGGGAGGUUCAACCACUUUAAGACCUUGUCAUAAGAAUAAAAAAUAAAAAAAGUAUGUCUAUAGUA